UUGGUCCUCUCCCCCUAUACCAAGCCAAAAGACGCCACAGCCACAGUAGUUCCAUUUUACACUCCAACGCAGCUGGAAGCAGCCAUGCCCACCGGCAGCAGCAGCAGCAGCUACACGUGCCGCAGAGCUACAAAAUGCACGUGAUGAUCGUGAACCUUACUUUAACAAGCAAAUAAACGGGCGCGUGUUUGGUUUGGUCGGUGCAAAAAUUCGGCGCUGCAUCUUCACGAUGCGCAGUUAGUGCAAUUUAACUUAUUAGCAAAGUUUUGUUUUAACGUACGCGUGGUGUUUGAAUGUUUAACUUUUCCUCUGACAACGCGCCAACCAUUCGCCGUCGGUAUUGCGCAAGUCCGGAGUGUUCGAUGCGAGUGCCAAACACAAGCGAUCAAUUGCGAAACAGAGCAAGAGAAAACGCAGAAGCAGAGUGAGAGCAAAACAAUGCAGCACCGUGCAUGCCGUAGUGGCGAGGAAAACUUCAAACGCAAACCACCGUGUGUCGUGUAGUGUACGGUGAAAGGUGUGUGCCGGAAAAAUCUAUACCGCGGUGCGUCCACCGUCCACCGCAAGCCAUCGGUAUUGAUGAUGGUCGUUCGCACUAUCAAAGCAGUCCUUGAAAAUGUUGGACAGCCGCGCAAUUUCUACAGCAAUCUGAACCAUCUGGUUGGUCCGCGAGUGUUGCUAAAUGAACCGCGAUCGUGGCACAUCGUUCGUCAGGAUGUUGUUGAACGGGAAAUCCUGCAGUACUUUCAGUGAUUGUGUGUGUUUUUUUCUUAAUUGGUUGUUUUUGGCGUACCAAACGCUUCUGGCCACCAUUUCCAUUUAAGUGCUAAUGAAACCGAAAGCAUUCGUGACGGUGAAGCUAACACAACAGCGGUCCUGUGAGCGAUGGGCAACACACAGGCCCAAGCGGGCGCACAGCCAAACUCGGCGACAGCUGAGCAGCAACCAGCGCCAAGGUCGUCGUCCAAAACACCGUCUCUCUCCAAGGGUCGCAGCUUUAUUAAAUUCGGCAAACGCAAACAGCUGCUGAUGGAGCACGAUGGUCACGUGCUAGUCGGAGGGCGGGUUGGCCUAGAGGACGACGGCAUAAAGCCACACGACCUUGUCGCCGCCGCUACCGCCGACGCGGAAGAGGAUGGCUUUUCGAACAUACUGCUCGAUGCAUCUGCUCAGCUGGACCGUACAAACAACUCACGGCGUGAGCAAAAUGGGAGCGCCAGCGAGAUAGCUGAGAAAUCAGCUGAUACCAAUGACCGCGAUGAGGAAAAGGAGUUUGAUUACAUCCAACAGCAAGCCUCCACCAACAACAAAUCGCUGAACCAUGCGGACGAUGCUUUGCGAUGCGUUGAUGACGCAACUGACAAAGCUCAAAAUCAAGCAACACAACCCAUGCCGGUCGCUACAACGAUGACGACACCUAUGACAGGGGGCACCACGACGAGCGCCAACCGCUCAAGCGCAGCUUCUUCCACGCACCCACCCUGCGAUCGCUGUAAGUCGCUGACCUGCUUAGGACCUGCACACACUCACAAUGCUCCACACCAAGCGCAACCGCACCGUACAUGUCUGGCCGCUGACGGUUCUAGCGCCGGUCACGUUAGUACGCUGCUGCUCACCACACCUACCCGCGAAUGCAACGCGAACGCACCAAUACCAAUACAACGACAGGGUAGCGGCUUGCCGGUCGAGACGCAUUCCGUUUCUAUAACAACAAACGAAACAGAACCCCCCACCCAGCCAGCCCAGCACAACAGCCGGGCGGCAUCGUUGCGUCUACGCAGCAAACCAGUUCCAGCCACGGACAACACGUACAGCGAUGGUUGUGGUGGUGAAGUCGGCCAAGAGCCAGCGAACCCGAUCAUUGUCACUACCGACUCGUGGAAAAGGGCCAAUUCGCUCAAUCAAACUCCAGCCGCGCGUGAAAGCCAACCUUCGUCCGAUUCGUGCGGCGCGGCGUUACGGCGCAGCAAAGAUACACCAAAUGUAAUACAUUUACGUGAGCGUACCACAUCGUCAAGUUCGGAUUCGAUUUUUACCGAUCCAGCCUCACCGCAGGGCGCUUUUGCGACAGAAAUAAAUGAAGCUUACUAUUCGGAAGAAAACAUCUGCGAUCUUGCUGAAGCGCCCACGACGACCACAAACAUCAAGUCGGCACUGACGCAGCUCACCAUCUGCUGGAAUGAUCCAUUCACUCUCAGUGGCAGCGACAUCGAGCGUGAGGAACGUCUGAGAUCAAAGCUAGUAGUGUGCAACAAUGUCUCCAGCAUCAGCGUUCCACCCAGCAACGAGUCGUACUCUAGCAGUGAACAAUUGCAUGGAAAUCUGCACAUCGUACACAACGUGAGCACCGUCUGCAUAGAAUCGGAAACGGUCGUGGAUGACUCAUCGGAAUCAAUUUCACCACCCCCGGAGGAGAGGAUGGAACGCAAACGAGUUCCGCUGUCCCAUAGAAGAGGGACCAGUGCGACGGUAGCAGGUAACAAUGGCAUCGCAACAACGACAACGACAGCGACCGGAACUCGCUUACCACCAACCAAUGGGAAACCUACGAAAGUGCUGGCUAAAUCUAGCCUUUAUGUAGGGACCAAGCUACCCGUGCUAACUGACCGAAAGGGCAGUGCCAAUAACUUUGCGGGGACGGCUCCUGCCAACCGUGUCGUACGGCCGUCUUAUGUUCCGGAAAAGCUUAACUUUUUCUCGUACGAAAAGUUUGAAGGGCACAUGCUAAUGAACUGGCUGUCAUCGUCUCUACCGUCAAAUAUACCGGGAGUUAACGAACAAGACCUGCAAGCGUUACUGUUUCAGUACUGCACAAAUCUGCUGGUUGCCGGAGUUAUGAAGCAAAUACCAGACAAACAUGCCCCACCACAAGAUACUUUUCGGACCAAUCUCAUGUACCAGUGGACGCAUACUGAGCCUCCUACCCCGACGCCUGUGACGCCUGGGCGGCUCGAGCCACACGUCAUUUGGCCACAUGCCUCGGCCACAACAGCAGGCCCUGCAAAAAGUGCCAACCACCAAUCAGCUAGCACAAACACCGAAAACGGUACCAACCACAUGGACACGAGCCACGAUCCGAGCGAUGAUCGUAAGGAAAGCGACUUCCAACAGCUGCGACGCCGGAUUGCAAGCUGUGAAACAAUCAAUCAGCUUAAGCGCAUUUUACAGGAAUUAUUUUUCAGCGACAGCAACUUACCGACUGCUGCCGACAUCAUGAAGCAUCAGAGCUUCAGCGAUAAUGCAAUGCAGUUGCAUAGCAAUUAUCAAAAGCUACUGCAGGACCUCCUCAAUGACACGGAUUGCACGAUAUAUGAUAAAGGCAACGCUGAGCUGCUAAACGAAUCCGAAAGUACCGUGUUCGAUGCAUGUUCCAGUACGCCGACAGCGAAGGCCAAACUCCGCGACAACAACCAUUCGUUCGACGGAGCUCCAAGCCACAAUUUACCGCUCUCUCCAAGCUUUCCAACAGUCACAGAGGGUAAACUACACGCACAACAUAUUCAGAGGCGAAAUACGAUUGAAUGUGAUACGCCAACGAAUGCACAGCGAACAUUCCUAAGUAACAGUAUUACUACUAACGAACUGAGCAAUCUUUCCGAACAUGACACCACGUGCUCCUCCAACGAAGGGAAUGUGCCCAACGGAAAAAGCAGCAGCAGCAGCAAUGAGCCGUAUCCUUGCCGCGUGUCUAAUUACGUUUGCUCUAGCUGCGCGAAAUCGCAGCCACCGGCGAGUAGCCCACUGUCGACGGCCGCAGAGCAAUCGGAUACCACGCCACCCGUAGAUAGCUUAAAGCGUACAUUAGUCACACGAGAAACGCAAACCGACCCGAGUAACAAACACCAUUCCCAGGACGAAACGGUUCCUACAGAUCCUUCUGAUGUUAAACCUUCCUUGGCACCACCACCACCACCGCCUCCUCCACCACCACCUAUCCCAUUUAACAGUGGAGUACAACAAUCGUCAACUCCUCCGCUUCCACCACCUCUUCCCCCUCCUCCACCUCCGCCACCUCUUCACGCAUUCCAAGGAAUAGCACCACCAUCACCUCCUCCACCUCCACCACCACCGCCUCCACUACCAAUGACUGGCGACGGUGCCAAAUCUUCCGUUCCACCUCCACCUCCACCACCUCCUCCAUUGGGUGGAAUUGGCCUCUCUGGGGGAGCUGCUGGAGCAGCUUCGGCGGGACCACCACCACCUCCGCCCAUGGGUGGUAGUGCCCUUGGUCCCACUGGGCCGAACGGAGCAGCACCACCACCGCUUGGACCAGGUAAAUUAGCGUCAAGUGCCUCUCCUAGUGCGAACAGCAGUGGCCCUCCGCCACUACCACUACCCAUACCAGUGCCCGGAGGAUGGUAUGCGGCGAAUAUUCUUCGUAAACAACCGGUUAACCCACCUAAACCGAUGAAGCCUCUCUACUGGACCCGCAUUCUGGCACCGAAAAGCAGCAGCUCUAGCAAAAACUCAAGCGUCAUGUCGACAUCGUUCAAUGACGAAACCGAUGGUGGCACGGCUUCCUCCCUAUCAAGCACAACCGCUUCGGAAACGACUGCUGAUGGUGUGCUCACGGCUCGGCUCGAAACGGCUUGCUCCUCGCAGCCGCCCUCGAUGGAGGCCGAAAAGCGGCUUGGUUUAUGGCAAGAGCUUGAAGAAACUAGUCUCGAUAAUUUGGACGAGUUCACUGAGCUGUUUUCGCGCCAAGUCAUAAUACCGAAGCUGCGGGAAAAGGUUGAAAAGCCGGAAAAGACCGUUAAAAUACUCGACUGCAAACGAUCACAAAACGUGGGCAUCUUCGCCAAGAGCCUACACGUCGAGUGGGACGAAAUUGAGUGCGCCAUCUACCAUUGCGACACGUCCGUCGUUAGCCUGGAAGCGAUGCAAAAAAUUUUAGAAAUAAAAGCCAGCGACGAGGAGCUGAUGCAGAUCCGCGACUAUGCAGAGAGCAGCCUGGCGAACAAUAAUAAUGCGAUCCCGCUCGAUCAGCCGGAACAGUUCCUGUUGCGCAUCUCCAGCAUAUCGUUCUUCUCGGAACGCAUUUCGUGCAUCGUGUUUCAGGCAGAGUUCGAGGAACAUUAUAAAGGUGUGUCGCGGAAGCUUAAAACCGUCAAGCAGACGUGCGAAUUUCUUGUGGAAAGUGAAGAGUUGAAGCAUCUUUUCUCGAUCAUUCUCACCUUGGGCAACUUCAUGAAUGGAGGUAAUCGCACCCGCGGCCAGGCGGAUGGAUUUGGAUUGGAGAUUUUGAGCAAACUCAAAGACGUAAAGUCAGCCGACACCAAUACGACGCUGUUGCAUUUUAUUAUCCGUACCUACAUCAGCCAGUGUCGCAAGAGUGGCAUCAUACUGCAGGAAAUAAAGCUACCCAUUCCGGAUCCUGGCGAUCUGGACAAGUCAGUGCUAGUGGACUACGAUGACUGCCGAAUGCAGCUUACUAUGUUACGCUCAAAAACGGAAGAGUGCCGCAGGACUGCAGAUAGAGUCAUUAAGGAAUCAACGGAAGACCAUCUUCAUCCCUUCAAGGAGAUAAUGGAGGAGUUUAUCGAGAAGGCUACCGCUCGCAUCGAGAAGCAAUUCUGCAAGCUGGACGAAUGUUGUGAAUGUUUCGAACGAACUAUGCGCUUCUAUCAUUUUACGCCGAAGACGGGCACGCUGGAAGAAUGCAAACCAGAAAUGUUCUUCGAACUUUGGUUACCGUUCGCUCACGACUUUAAAAGCAUUUUUAAGAAGGAAAUGCAACAUCACCUAAAUGAACUAUUAAAAAAGACUAAACGUCCAUCAACGACAUCGUCUGGUACGAAGCAAACCACAGCUAAAGCUAAACCCGGCUCACUGAAAGAGCGCAUGAAACGGUUGAUGCAAAAUUAACGCAUCGACUCGGGUUUCAAAAUGUUUCAGAUAACAAAAGCAAAACAACUGAAAGCUCCAAUAAAACAGGAUUUUAAGGUGAAAAAAUGCUUACGAAACCUUA